UGGCCGGCGAAAGAUGGCGGCACCAUUUGGACUACAUCAUCACUUCAUUUGGUUCUAGUAUAGGAUCAGGGGCAUUUAUCAAGUUCCCAUAUUUGUGUAUGCGUAAUGGUGGAGGUGCGUUUGUGAUACCUUUCGCCCUGUUCACCAUAAUCGCCGUCAUGCCUUGUGUGUUCCUGGAUAUGGUGAUUGGUCAGCUCUCCCAGAGUGGACCAAUCAACGCCUGGAAUAUGUGUCCACCGUUCAAAGGAAUUGGUGUUGGCAUCUUGAUUCUCAUAUGGAUUAUAUUCACACUUUACAAUGCCAUAUUUUCCUGGUUUGUCUACUUCUUCUACCAGUCGUUUUCUUCCACCCUACCUUGGGCCCAUUGCAACAACGACUGGAACACCCCCUCAUGUAUAUCUGACAGUGGUAUCCAUGUGGCCUCUACGAACCAUUCGGAAGUUACAAACUGUACUGCCUACAGUCAUCAAGUAAACUUCACCGAAGGAGCGCACGUGUGUAUGACUGCUGCAGAAGAGUUUUGGAAAUUGCAAGUGUUGCAGUUGACUGAUGGUUUACAGGACAUGGGUGGAGUAAGGUGGCCUCUGGUUCUGUGUCUGGCCAUAACAUACUUGAUUGUGUUUGUUUGCCAGUGUCAAGGGAUCAGGGUGACUGGAAAGCUUGUUUAUGUCACUGUGGGCGUUCCGUUUGUCCUGAUCAUCGUCUUCCUCGUCAGGGGAUGUCUACUGCCAGGGUCAGCUGAAGGAAUGUAUUAUUUCAUCAAACCCAACUUCGAUAAGCUUACAGAACCAGGGGUCAUCCAAAGUCUGACUGCUGUACAUUAAAUGCUUGUCAUCUAUGAGUCAUUCUGAAAGAAAGCACAUGAAAGAACUAAAUCCGAAUGAAAACGUUUCAAUUCAUUGAUGCAUGUGACUAUAGAUAUAGUUGCACCUCUAUCUUCAAGUUGUCAAAAAUGAAAGCACUCUGAAAUGCUGGAUUUCCCCUCAGAUAACAUAUGUGUAGAAUUUGGGGAUAAAGCAUUUAGGCUCGAAGUCGGCUUCCCCAUGGGCACCAUUCGUGCUCCCCUCCUUUAUGCAUAUGAUUUAUUUGCUGAUCGGCAGAAUCAAAACAACGGCAUUUAACCAAGACGUCAUGUAGAUUGAUGAUUUGGUCUUUCAAUAAUGGUCAAAUCGCCAAUUGCCUUCCCUGAUAGACACACCUCAGCUAAAAAUAAAAUAUACCAUUGAAACCGCCUCAUCUGUUUCAUAUUUAAAUAUAUGCAUAAAGAAUUAGAGUGACAAAAGACUAUCUACAAGACUUAUGACAAAAGAAUUUGCAACCACAUAACCCCUACCAUGUUAUAAACGUGUGUCGAAAAAAACACAUUUAUUGAUUUUUAAAGAUAAGAUGUCUAAGAAACCGAUCAGCAGUCUAGCAUUAUGCAAAAAAUAAAUGUUUUAUAAAAUUUAAAACAUUCAAAACAAGAAGUAUUGAGAUCUGACUGAGCGCCAGCACAGUAAAGUUUUCAAUAUAAUAUCGCUAACGAAGAUAUUUUCAGUUGAAAAUCAGACAUUAUGAAAGUCAACUGUGAAGUAAAGAUUCCUUUGCUCCUCAGUUAAAUUACAAAUGCAGACAGUAGCCGUUAUUUUCUUCUUUCUCCAGAUAUGGAUUGAGGCAUGUAAUUUUGCUUUAUUUUCCUUGACUGUUGGCAUGGGAUUCAAUUUAACCAUGUCGAAAUACAACAAGUUCAACAAUAACUGUUUCAGAGACGCAGUUUGUGUUUGUAUCGUGGAUAUGCUUGCUACUAUUUUGGUCGGAUUUUCCUUCUUUUCAAUCAUCGGUCACGUUGCCUACCAACGUGGAGUGACAGUAGAGGCUUUUGCGUCAUCAGGCUUCAACCUUGCAUUUAUUGUGUUUCCGCAAGUCCUGACUUAUCUGCCCCUGCCACAAUUAUGGUCAACCUUGACAUUUAUCAUGCUGAUGACACUGGAAAUAGAUUGUCAGUUGCCAGCCGUUGAAGUCAUAUCAUCAGCAUUUGAAGAUAUGUUCCCAAGUCUACGUAAUCAUAAGCGUCGGUGGCUUCUAACAGCUCUGAUCCUCUUGAGCAGUUUCCCCUUUGCCAUCAUCUAUCAUUUACAGGGUGGGAUAUACAUGCUGACACUGGUGGAUUGGUAUGCCUAUUUCCCGUCCACAGCGCUCUUUGCCUUGUCGGAAUGCAUUGUGAUGGGGUGGCUCUACGGCACAACGAGGCUUCAAGCGGACGUCCAACUGAUGUGGGGGAAGAAGAUCCCUAAGCUUUUCACCAUGUCAAUCAAAUUUGCAUCUCCAUUACUCCUUGUGAUCAUCUUCGGCUACUCCCUCUACUCCUACCGACCUCCUAAGUAUGAGGACUACAUCUAUCCUGCCUGGGCCACAGCCGUCGGCUGGAUGAUAUCCUGUGCCUCCAUUAUUCCCUUGCCCGCCCUCUUCAUCUGGACAGUUUGGCGGACUCCAGGAGACACUCUCACUGAGAAAAUUAGACAGUCGCUGAGGCCAAAUAAACAGUGGAGUGAGCAUGCUCGUGACGCAGCUGGCAACGAAGUUCUAUGCAUUUAGAAGACAUCAAGUUCAACCAUUCUUUUGGUUUCACUAGCAAAUGCCUGGUGAAGUCAUUCACAUGAAAACAUCACAUGUGUGAUUAUCAUACCCCAAACAAACACACAAACAACUAAAUUGUGCUCCAUGCAUGAACAUGCAAGUGAGAAAAUGUGAAUCGCAACCUGAAAAUCGAGAAGUCUUCAUAAACAUGUAUUGAAAGAUGUAUUAUUUCAUUUCAGAAUAUGUUUAUUUUUUAUUGAAAUUUGUUUGAAGAACUCUUAUUUUCGUUAGUAUAUAAAUAAAGAGUCACCAAAUAAAGUAAAUGUCACGCUACAUGGGAUAACAGCCAAGAAUACCUACAGCUAGGUUAUAUGAACAACUGAUCCCACGCCACUUUCAGCAAGAGGUGAUAUAUUGUUCUGUUGCAAAAUUAUUCCCUGUUGGUGCUUUAAGAAUUAAUUCCCAUUAUAGUCAGUGAUGCACAGGAACUAUUUUCCAACAGUGUUCAUAUACAAGUUAUAAAAUAUAUGAUAUGCUGCUUGUUAUUUUUCUGUCCUUUGUCGACAAGUGUUCGACAUCCUACAUGGCCGAAAUACUGCUACUGUGGCUUUAUUUUAACUCACUCACUCACUCACUCUUGCUUGUCUUCCUCAUUCCCACCAUGAUGAAUCUCAAACUCAACACGUGCCUGACACAUGAAUUCCUUAUCUUUGUAAUACGAGUAAGGAAGAACGAGGUAAGCAUUUCUCAUGGGUGAUUUAGGUUUAAUAUCUGGAUUGUAUUUGUUAUUUCAUCUAAACAAGGGGAAAAUAUACAAAGUUUUAUAUCUGUUUCGCUAAACUUAUGAUAUUUUACCACUCACUGACGUCAAGCAUAUGGACAAUGACAUUAUCAAUUUCAUUAGAAUCAUGGCGAAAGGUCAUUCUGAUGAGGCCUGAAUGGGAUGUCUUCGGGUAUCUGUUUAACAGUAGUGGUUACAGAAGCGAGAACCAAGAUCUGAUUUAAAUGAUAUUGUGACAUUAGUGAAUCAAGUAACAGUGAAUGUCGAUACUGUCAGGGUGUUGAAACCUAAAUCAUCACUCAAUCAUAAAUCGACAUUGAAUGAUAACUUGAAAAGGAUCUAUGUGUCAGCUGAAUGUGUAUUUAUACACGUUGAAUUAUAUCUCGUUUUCAGUUCAAGGAAAUGGUUGAAAACAUAACUUGUUUCCAAAAACCAUUAAUAAUUCACUGGUCAUGCUGGAUGUACUGAAAACUAAAGCGUUUUGGGUACAAAAACGUUGUUUGGUUUCUUCUUUCAGAGAAAUGCAUCGUGUGUUUGGAUUAUUCUGUUAUAAUAAAAUAAAAUAAUAAAAAUGUAA